CCCUCCCUCCCUCCCUCCCCCUCCCCCCAAUUUCCACCGCGGCCAAUUCAUGGACAGGAACUACCCCAGCGCCGGCUUCGGGGACCCGCUCGGCGCCGGGGCGGGAUGGAGUUACGAGAGGUCAGCGAAAGCUAGCUUGGUCUAUGGCAGCUCCAGGACCUCGCACCCCGAGACCGACAUCUUACACCGCCAGGCCUACGCGGCCCCCCACCCACUGCAAAGCUAUGCCACCAACCACCACCCGGCAGGCCUCUCUGGACUCUUCGACACUGGCCUCCACCACGCAGGCUCAGCAGGGCCCGACGCCUCCGUCAUGAACCUCAUCUCAGCCCUGGAGUCCCGGGGCCCCCAGCCUGGCCCCUCUGCCUCCUCUCUCCUCUCCCAGUUCCGCAGUCCUUCCUGGCAAACAGCCAUGCACACGCCAGGCCCCACGGAGCUCUUCAUUUCAGGCGCCCUGCCGGGUUCCAGCACCUUUCCAUCCUCCUCUGCCCUGUCGGCCUACCAGCACCCGGCUUCCUUCGGCAGCCGCCCCUUCCCAGUGCCCUCAUCCCUCAGCCUCCAAGACCCCCCAUUCAGCCCCCCAGCUAAUGGGCUCCUGUCCCCUCAUGACGUGUUGCACCUGAAGCCCUCACAGGCACCCACAGUGCCAUCCUCGCUGGGCUUUGAGCGCCUGGCGGGGGGCGGUGUCCUGGGGCCCGCUGGUCUCGGCCCGGCCCAGACCCCUCCAUACCGCCCCGGCCCCCCAGACCCCCCCCCACCUCCCCGCCACCUCCCGACUCAGUUCAACCUGCUGGCUUCCUCUUCCGCCGCCGCCGCCGCCGCCGAGCAAUCCUCCCCACAGCUGUACAACUUCUCGGGUGCUGCCCCGGGCCCCCCGCCACCCGAGCGGGCCCUGCCCCGCCAGGACACCGUCAUCAAGCACUACCAGCGGCCAGCCAGUGCCCAGCCCCCGCCGCCCCCGCCACCAGCCCAUGCCCUCCAGCACUACCUGAGCUGUGGAGGCAGCUAUCCCUCCAUGGGGCACAGGGCUAACCUGGCCUGCAGCCCCCUGGGUGGUGGGGAGCCCUCCCCCGGUGCUGGCGAGCCUAGCAAGGCCGGGCCCAGUGGAUCCACGGCUGGGGCAUCGGGCCGGGCUGCAGGCCCCGAGGCGGCUGGAGGAGGUGGGGCAGGGGGUGGCGGUGGAGGUUACCGCCCCAUCAUUCAGUCGCCUGGUUACAAGACAGGCAAAGGUGGCUAUGGAGCAGCUGCGGGCAGUGCCACCAGGCCCCCACCACCCCGUUCAACGGCCACGCCCAAAUGCCAGAGUCUGGGUGGGCCAGCAGCGGCCUAUGCCACCGGGAAGGCCUCUGGGGCUGGUGGGGCAGGUGGCCAAGCCUAUUCCCCUGGUCAGCCCCAAGGGCUUCUAGGACCCCAGGCCUAUGGGCAAGGGUUUGGAGGGGGUCAAGCCCAGGACUUGAGCAAAGGCCCUAGCUACUCAGGGGGGCCCCCGCAGCCCCCCAGUGGUCCCCCGCCUCCUGGUCUAGCCACGUGUCAGAGCUACUCCCCGGAUCAGCUGCAGGGGCAGCUGUAUGGGGUUCAGGGCGAGCCAUACCCAGGCCCAGCUGCCCACUCCCAGGGGCUACCCACGGCCAGCCCCUCGCUCAGCUACAGCACUGGCCAUUCCCCAGCGCUCUCGGGUCACGGCGGUGGCUGGGGGCCCAGCUCCCUGGGGGGUGGCGGGGAGGCCAGCCCUUCUCACAUCAUCCGCCCACUGCAGUCACCGCCUGCCCCCGGCCGCCCGCCUGGAGUCGGCUCUCCAGGAGCCCCUGGCAAAUACCUGAGUUCUGUCCUGGCCUCGGCCCCGUUCCUGGCGCCUCCAGGAGCCGGCAGCUACGCAGCCGGAGCAGGUGGCUACAAAGGCAAGGGGGAUGGCUCGGAGCUGCUGGCUGGGCCUGGUGGGCCUCCUGCCGAGCGCACAGAAGAUGAGGAAUUCCUCAUCCAGCAUCUCCUGCAGGCACCUAGCCCCCCGCGGACCACAGGGGCAGAUGGCUUGGUGGGUGAAGAUGGGGCAGCGGAUGCUUCCAAGGGACUUGGGGGUAGUGGUGGGGCCGGGGGUCCACCAGGCACACCCUACGAGCUGGCCAAGGAAGACCCCCAGAGGUAUCAUCUACAGAGCGUCAUCCGUACCAGUGCCAGCCUCGAUGAGGGCGCCACGGCAGCCCUGGAGCUGGGCCUGGGCAGGCUGAAGGAGAAGAAGAAAGGGCCAGAACGGGGCGGCGAGACCCCGGAGGGGCUGGCCACCUCAGUUGUCCACUAUGGGGCAGGUGCCAAGGAGCUGGGGGCCUUCCUCCAAAAGAGCCCACCACCCCCACCUCCCACCGCUCAGCCUGCCCAGCCCACACCCCACGGCCUCCUCCUGGAGGCUGGGGGCCCUGACCUCCCACUGGUGCUGCCUCCACCUCCCCCCCCCCAACUGCUCCCCUCGGUCCUCAGCCAUGCCCCCAGCCCCUCUCCCAGUGCCCCAAAAGUUGGCGUUCAUCUCCUUGAGCCAGCCGCCCGUGAUGGAGCACCCCAGCCGCCCCCGCCGCCGCCCCCGCCCCCGCCCCCCAUGCCCCUCCAGCUUGAGGCCCACCUCCGCAGCCACGGCCUGGAGCCUGGUGCCCCCAGCCCCCGCCUUCGACCUGAGGAGAGUCUGGAGCCGCCAGGCGCCAUGCAGGAAUUGCUUGGGGCCCUGGAGCCACUGCCCCCGGGGCCUGGUGACACUGGCGUGGGCCCACCUAAUACCGAGGGCAAGGAUCCCUCCGGUGCCUACCGCAGCCCCAGCCCGCAAGGCCCCAAGGCCCCCCGCUUUGUGCCACUCACGUCCAUCUGUUUUCCUGACUCCUUGCUCCAAGAUGAGGAGCGCAGUUUCUUCCCCACCAUGGAGGAGAUGUUCGGUGGAGGGGCAGCGGAUGACUAUGGCAAGGCAGGGCCGCCCGAGGACGAGGGUGAUCCCAAGGCGGGGACUGGGCCGCCUCCAGGCCCCCCUGCCUAUGAUCCCUAUGGGCCCUACUGCCCGGGUCGGGCGUCUGGAGCCGGGCCUGAGACGCCGGGCCUGGGCCUGGACCCCAACAAACCGCCUGAGCUGCCCUCCACGGUCAAUGCCGAGCCUCUGGGCCUGAUCCAGAGUGGGCCCCACCAGGCGGCCCCACCCCCCGCCCCCCCCCCUCCACCGCCGCCGCCUGCCUCAGAGCCCAAGGGAGGCCUGACCUCGCCCAUCUUCUGCUCUACCAAGCCAAAGAAGCUGCUCAAGACGUCCUCUUUCCACCUACUACGGCGCCGUGACCCACCCUUCCAGACGCCCAAGAAGCUGUAUGCCCAGGAGUAUGAGUUUGAGGCGGACGAGGACAAGGCCGAUGUGCCCGCUGACAUCCGCCUCAACCCUCGGCGCCUGCCUGACCUGGUGUCCAGCUGCCGCUCCCGCCCGACCCUCUCACCCCUGGGUGACAUCGACUUCUGUCCACCUAACCCAGGCCCCGAUGGCCCCAGGCGCCGGGGCCGCAAGCCCACAAGGGCUAAGCGCGAUGGCCCGCCCCGGCCCCGGGGUAGGCCCCGGAUCCGCCCACUGGAGGUCCCCACCACUGCUGGGCCAGCCUCAGCCUCCACGCCCACUGAAGGGGCCAAGAAACCUCGGGGCCGGGGCCGUGGUCGGGGCAGGAGGGCCGAGGAGGCAGGGGGCACACGGCUGGAACCCCUAAAGCCACUUAAGAUCAAGCUGUCUGUGCCCAAGGCCGGCGAGGGUCUGGGAGCCUCCUCUGGCGAUGCCAUAGCCGGCGCUGACCACAACAGCCUGGACUCCAGCCUGACCCGGGAGAAGAUUGAGGCCAAGAUCAAGGAGGUAGAGGAGAAGCAGCCAGAGAUGAAGUCCGGCUUCAUGGCCUCCUUCCUGGACUUCCUCAAGUCGGGCAAGCGUCAUCCGCCCCUCUACCAGGCCGGCCUGACGCCCCCACUCAGCCCCCCCAAGAGCGUGCCGUCCUCCGGGCCGGCCCGUGGCCUGCAGCCCCAGCCUCCUACCGCGCCCGCUGUGCCACACCCACCGCCCGCCGGCGCCUUUGGGCUAGGCGGUGCGCUGGAGGCGGCCGAGAGUGAGGGGCUAGGGCUGGGCUGCCCUUCGCCCUGUAAGCGGCUGGACGAGGAGCUGAAGCGCAACCUGGAGACGCUGCCCUCCUUCUCCUCGGACGAAGAAGACUCUGUGGCCAAGAACCGGGACCUGCAGGAGAGCAUCUCCUCAGCCAUCUCGGCGCUCGAUGACCCACCUCUCGCUGGGCCUAAAGACACUUCCACCCCAGAUGUGCCCUCCUUGACGACUGAGGCUGCGGUGCCAGGGCCCCCCCCUCUUCCGGGGCUCCCUAGUGCCAGCAGCAAUGGCACACCCGAGCCCCCGCUGCUGGAGGAGAAGCCCCCGCCCUCGCCGCCUCCCGCCCCGACGCCGCAGCCGCCGCCGCCGCCCCCCCGCCCCCCGCCGCCGGCCCUGCCCUCGCCGCCCCCGCUGGUGGCCCCGGUGCCCAGCUCGCCGCCCCCGCCGCCCCUGCCCUCGCCGCCGCCCCCGCCGGCCGCCGCCCCCGCCGCGCCCGAGGAGCCCGCCGCCCCGUCCCCCGAGGAGCCCGAGCCGCCCGACGCCCGGCCGCUGCACUUGGCCAAGAAGCAGGAGACGGCGGCCGUGUGCGGGGAGACGGACGAGGAGGCGGGCGAGAGCGGCGGGGAGGGCAUCUUCCGGGAGCGCGACGAGUUCGUCAUCCGCGCCGAGGACAUCCCUUCUCUCAAGCUGGCAUUGCAGACGGGGCGGGAGCCCCCACCCAUCUGGCGAGUGCAGAAGGCCCUGCUGCAGAAAUUCACUCCCGAGAUCAAGGAUGGGCAGCGACAGUUUUGUGCAACCAGUAAUUAUUUGGGGUAUUUUGGGGACGCGAAAAACCGGUAUCAGCGCCUUUACGUAAAGUUCCUGGAAAACGUCAACAAGAAGGAUUAUGUGAGGGUCUGUGCUCGAAAACCCUGGCAUCGGCCCCCAGUGCCUGUCAGGCGCUCUGGGCAGGCCAAGGGCCCCGUGUCUGCUGGGGGCAGCUCUGCACCUCCUCCCAAGGCCCCGGCACCACCUCCUAAGCCCGAAACCCCUGAUAAGACGAUAUGUGAGAAGCCCCCAGAGCAGACGCCUGAGACCCCUGUGCCUGAGCCCCCUGCUCCUGAGAAGCCAUCCCCGCCUCGGCCCGUUGAGAAGGAGAAGGAGAAAGAGCGGGUGACACGUGGGGAGCGGCCGCUUCGGGGCGAGCGGAGCGCAGGUGGGCGGCAGACUCGGCCUGAGCGGAGCCUCACCACGGGACAGCCCGCCACCUCCCGGCUGCCUAAGGCCCGGCCCACCAAGGUGAAGGCCGAGCCGCCCCCCAAGAAGAGGAAGAAGUGGCUGAAGGAGGCGGCGGGCAAUGCCUCGGCGGGCGGGGGUCCACCAGGCAGCUCCUCGGACUCAGAGUCAUCCCCGGGAGCACCCAGCGAGGACGAGCGGGCAGUCCCCGGGCGUCUGCUGAAGACCCGGGCGAUGCGGGAGAUGUACCGGAGCUACGUGGAGAUGUUGGUGAGCACAGCACUCGACCCAGACAUGAUCCAGGCCCUGGAGGACACCCACGAUGAGCUGUACCUGCCGCCCAUGCGGAAGAUCGAUGGCCUCCUCAAUGAGCACAAGAAGAAAGUCUUGAAGCGGCUGUCGCUGAGCCCAGCCCUGCAGGACGCCCUGCACACGUUCCCCCAGCUGCAAGUGGAGCAGAGCGGGGAGGGCUCCCCUGAGGAGGGGGCCGUGCGGCUGCGGCCGGCUGGGGAACCCUACAACCGCAAGACGCUCAGCAAACUCAAGAGGAGCGUGGUCCGAGCCCAGGAGUUCAAAGUUGAGCUGGACAAGUCGGGAUACUACACACUCUACCACUCACUCCACCACUAUAAGUACCAUACCUUCCUGCGCUGCCGGGACCAGACCCUGGCCAUCGAGGGCGGUGCUGAGGACCUGGGUCAGGAGGAGGUGGUCCAGCAGUGCAUGAGGAACCAGCCGUGGCUGGAACAGCUCUUCGACUCCUUCAGCGACCUGCUGGCCCAAGCACAGGCCCACAGCCGCUGCGGGUGACCCCGCCCAGCCUGGGGGAGCCACCUCUUCCAUGAACAGAGAAUUGGGACAGAACUGUGUCCUCAGGAGCUAAUCCCCUGGGCCCUGUCGCCAGGGAAGGGGGGGGUCAUUGGUCAGGGUGUGUCCAUGCUGCCCCCACAGGGCAGGGUUCAAAGUUCGACUCCUCCCCUCUCCCACGCCCCCUCCACUCCCUCCCCAGCCCUCCCACUGUCCGGUGUACAGAGAAAUUAUUUAUAUAUAUGUAUAAAUGUCUAUUUAGUAACGGUUUCCCUCCCCACCUUGCCCCAAUCCUCUCUCCACGGCCACAGCCCCGCCCCCUCCACCUUGUACAUAAUGUAUAGGAAAAGUCUAUGUAUGGUUGAGGGGGGCGGGGUGGCUUCAGAGAGCUGGGGGACCCCCUCCCCCCCAACCCCCCCUCACAGGCCAAGAUCUUUGCUAAAGGCCAUUCCCUCCCCAGGGCAUUCGGCAUCGGGUGGGAGGGGGAAAACGCAUCUUGUUAAUUAUUUUUAAUCUUAUUUAUUGUACAUACCUGGGGCGGGGGGCUGGGGAGGUGGAGGGGGGAGAAGGGUCCCCUCCCUUUGGCCCUCCCGUUCCUUUUCUACUGCGAUUGUCUGUGUCUGCCCCCCCCCCCCCACCGCCCCAUCCCCUUGUCUUCUGGAUGUGGUUCUAUUUUUUAUCUGUCUCCUCUCCCCUCCCCACCCCCCCACCCAGCUCCUCUGCUCCUCCCUCCCUCCCACCCUUUGUCUCUUGCUCUUUCUUGGGCUUCUGUACAACUCAACUUGUAUACACUGUGUACACACAACCAGCCAAACGAAAACCCAACAGCAAACACUUUAUCGGCCGGCUGGAGUGCCUCUGUCCUGCGGCGGGUGGGGGGCCCCAGGGGUGGCAGAGGCGGAGAGGGUCUGGAACGGGAACUUGGCUUCUCUGGAGCCCCUGGAAGCGGCCGGGCUGGGUCGUCGUAUGCGUUACGUCUCACUGUGUAAAAUUAGCCGCUCCCCCUCCCCGGCCCCAAAAUUUAGUGACUUAAAACAAAUGUUUACCCUCUGGUUUCUGAGGAUGAGGAACUGGGGAGCAGGUCAGCUGGGUGGUCCUGUCCCAGGGUCUGUUGUGAGGGUCCAGUCAAGUCAGCCAGAGCAGCAGCCCUCCAGGGAUUGAUGGGCUGUAGGACCUACUUUCAAGGUGGCUCUCUUUUAUUUAUUUUUUUUAAGAUUUUAUUUAUUUGAGAGAGAGCACGAGAGAGAGGGGAGUGAGGGGCGGAAGGAGAAGCAGACUCCGCGCUGAGCAGGGAGCCCCACGCAGGGCUUGAUCCCAGAACCCUGGGAUCAUGACCUGAGCCAAAGGCAGACGCUUAACCGACUGAGCCACCCAGGCGCCCCAAGGUGGCUCACUUUUAAGGUGUGCAGAUUGGCUGCGGGCUGGAGGCCUCAGUUCCUUGCCAUGUGGACCUUGCCAUGGGGUACCUUGAGUGUCUGCACACCAUGGCAGCCGGCUACCCCCAGAGCAGGGGAUCCCAGGGAGAGAGCAAGGAAGAAGACUUGCAGUUUUCUGUCCUAACACACCAUUGCCU